GUUACAGUAAACAACGAAAUUCAGGUGUACCAAGCGAAAUAUCAAGACUUUACGGAUGAAUUGAAAUCACUGCAAGGACUAUUAGUUCUUAAAAGCCAGCGUUUGGCUGAAGAAGAACUAAAUCUUAAGUGGUUUAAAAUUAGCGAAACCGUUUUAACACAAAAGAAAAAAGAGCUGUUAGAAAGGGAGAAAAUUCUUAUCCAGCAAAAGGUAAGUUUAAGUUUACGCUGAAGCAGUGGCAUGGCUUUUAAAUGAGUUAAGUUACAGUGCAAAAGUGCCGCUAGUUAGUUACUUUUGCCUCUUGUAGUUUUUCUCCUUAAAAAAUAGAACAAGGACACUAAACGAAUCCGUUCGGACGAGACAUAAAAAUUCGUAAAUGUUACAGACUAAUGGGCUGGCCUUUCCGCUGGGGAGUAGGCGAGGUAGGCGAGAGGAUUGAGAAGUAGGAGAAAAAAGCCUCUCCGUUCCUUUUAUGGUCUUUUUUUUCCCACCAGCAGUCUUUUCGCAGGCUAUCUUGGUCUUAUCUGACAUGUUUGAAACUUAUUACCCACUAAGGGGCAACAAUAAUAAAAUAAGUCUCUCAUUAACUUAGUUUUGCCGUUAAAUUGACAAAUCGCACAGAAAAAAAAAUCAUGUUUACCAAAACUAUUUUGAAUUCUCCCUUAAAGCGUUGUUAUGGUGACCUGUUAAUGUCAGAAGAAAUGGGCAUACCGUAUUUUUUUUAUUCGAUUAACCGCCCUUAUUAAAUUUUUGGACCUUGAGAGUGGGCACUUAUUCGAGGCUGGGCGCUUAUUAAAUUUUCACCAUUUUCAGCAAGUGAAGUAUGUUUAUUUUGCAACAAAACAAUAAAUGCUAAUAACAAAACGCGAAGAAGUAACAAAGCAAGGUUUCUGUAAAAUACUCUGAAGAAAACUCUUAAAGUCUCUUAUUAGAAUUUAUUCAUUUAAGUGGCUGGAAUGGGGGUGAGCGCUUAUUUGAGUUUGAUUGGGGGGAGGAGGGGGUGGGCGCUUAUGCGAGGCUGGGCGUUUGUUAACUUUUUCUGCCUUUGGGAUGGGCGCUAAUUCGAGGUUGGGCGCUUAUUCGAAUAAUUACGGUACUUAUUCAAAAUUUUACGUGUUCUAGAAAUAGCCUGUGCCACAGACAACGCCUGUCCUUUGUCUGUAAUUUGAUAAAUGAAGGAAUUUAUUCACCAUAAACUGUGCUGGCACACCUCUACCUUCAGGAGGACAUUAAAUAGUACUCAUUGCGAGGGUUAUUUUAAAAUAACUUAGAUGUCAUUCUUUCCAUUAAAUUUCAGAGUUAAACUCUUUUCUUUUUUCUGUAGGAAGAAAUAGAGGAUGCAACUGACUGUGAUAAGUACGUACUGACAUCAAUGUUACACUACAUAUUUGUUUCAUGUACAAUUUAUGACAAUAUUAAGAGGUUCCAGUAUUCCAUAAAAAAAUCCCUUAAAAAUGUUUCACGGGCAGUGCCCAAUAAAAAUCAUUUCAAGACUGUUUUAAUAUCAGACAUGGUCAACAAUCAUCCAACUGAACUGUGUAGCCUUCAAUUAUUUUUGCAGAGAAGAAUUUUCCAGAGAAGUUGUCAAAUUCAUGGCUCUCUUUGAUUUUUGUGGAAAAGGAAAAGAGAAAAGAAUGACAGAAGCCAAUGAAGUGAUGGGGGAACUCAAAAGUGAAGAACAGAGAAUAAAACAAGGUAAAUAUUAGAAUGUGUACCUAAAUCUUGUUAAACUCAACUGUAAUCAAUUUUUCCAAGUAAUUUAUUAAAUAAAUCAAACUUCUCUUCAUGAAAUAAUUUUAACCUCAAAAAUUUAAGCAAUGGUUUGAGUUUAUCUUUAGAAUUUGUUUAUAAAUAACAAAUUACUGUUAUCAUUAUUGUGCAAGUUUCAAAGAGGAAAUAAACUGCUCUUAUACUUUUUAAACUCCAUACAGCUCUAAAUAACUUUGUAAUCAAAUGUCACAAAAACCAAGUAAAAAAUAAAUAAAAAUUAGGAUGAUAAAAACAAGAAAUUUGAAUAAGUGGAAAGGCCUCCUACAGUACUUAAUGGAAAUGGAAUCAGGACCACUCCUGAAACACACUUUGCAUAGUACAAUGUUAACUUAACAACAAGUUCUGAUCUAAACACGUACCUAAAACGUCCCUGGGAGUUACGAGUGGUUAUACAACAGUUGCUUUGUCGAGCAAGCAUGGGAUUGUGGCUUUCUGUAUUAUUUACAAAACAUCAUUUGCCCUCCUAAUGCCAAGCUUCUUUAUGAUCACCUCAAGUUUCAAAUCACCCUCCUGGCACACAAAUGAUGAUAUUUAAUACCACCUAAUUUCAUGGUAUGGGCAUAGUAUAAUAAUAAUGGAAACUUUAUUUGUGUUUUUGAAUGUACAAUUGUAAAUCUCGCUACGUAUAGGCAAUUUACAAAUGCUGCUUGAGAUAGGAUUAUUAAAAAGAAAAAACAAACCCAAAAAAACAAACAAACAAAAACAAAAACAAAAACAAAACAAAACAAAA